AUGAUGGGACGAAACGGUAUUCGGCUAGCACUGAAAAGAUCUUUCAGCACUUAUCAGCCACCGGUAGUAGAGAUUACGAAUAUAACGAAGUUAUGGCCCACUCUACGACCUGAAGUUAGGGAUGAAAUCAAGGAAUACUUACGAUGGAGGAUGCAAGAAGAUUGGAGACAUAUACCGCUGGAGGAGACCAAAGCAGCGUAUUUCUUAUCUUAUGGACCCUGUGGUGGCAGAUCCAAGGGCAACGAAUGGAACGUAGGGUACACGGGAAUGCGGAUAGUGUUCAACCUUGUUUUAUUUGGCGGUGCAGCGACUGCAUUUUAUAAUUGGAAACAAGAUAAAAAGCUAGAGGAACAAUUAAGGGAUCUUGUAUAA